AUGCUUUCGCGGCGCCUUCGUCAAUUUUUGUUUAUACUAGUACAUUGGAUAGUAAAUAUACUUGUUGCCGUUUAUAAUGUUUACUACCGAUUUCGGGAUAAAAAGUAUAUCGCACAAGGUGACGAGGUGACUAAAAGUGAUAUUAAACUUGUAUUGGAACAUGUGCCAAAAGUUACCAAGAAAUUGAAACAUUUGGUGAUCCAAACGGACCGGGAUCAGCACACAUACAGUGACUUGGCUCGCAUGGUUAUUUGGAGCCUAUUAGCCGGGAUAACAUACGUGAGCUUUUACGAUAUAUCAGGCCACUUGAAGAAAAAUGAGGAACAACUUUUUCUAGAAGUUGAAAAAAAGAAGAAAGGUAUACCAGGAUGUAUAAAAUGGCAAAGGAAACCAGAUUUGAAUGGCUACACAAAUGGAUUGCGGGCUCACACAAUAGUCAUAAAUAUAUUUACACAUGAAGAUGGACUGCCAAAAGUAGCACAUUGCAUACAGCAAAUAGCAGAAGAGAAAGUUAAAUAUACUAGGGAAAGUAGUGAAUUUACAGCACAAGAGUUAGAUUAUGUUUUAAAACUAAUGUACCCUUCAAUUCCUGACCCAGAUUUAGUACUUUAUACUGGUCCAUGGUGCUGCACUCAUGGGUUCUUGCCUUGGCAAAUUAGACUUACCGAGUUUGUUCAGCUGUCGUUAGAUAAUAGUGUAAAUAUUGAUAAUUAUUUAGGUGCUUUGUAUAGGUACAAUAAAUGUGAUCAAAGAUUUGGUAAAUGA